AUGGAGCAGUACGGAGAAUGGGAUGAAGUCUCAGGGGCAGCCAAGGUACUUCCUCUACCACAAGAAGAGUUUGAUCAAUACUUUGCACAAUAUAACGAAGUCGACAAUUUGUUCAACGAAACAUUAAAUGGUUUGCAAGACCUUGAUGUUCCUUCAGGCUUUGCUGGCCAAGAAACUAAACCAUUAAGGCUGCUGGUACACCAAAGGGGUCACAGUAGAAAAAUAAGUGGUACUGCAAUAUUCGGAUACGCCGAACAUACCAGAGAAUUGUCUGUAAAUGGGUUAACCAAUGACUUUUAUAAAAAUGGAAAACCUUCAUUAGAUUUGGGAAAAUCAAUCUCACCUGGUCAGCUUCUAAAAAAUUUGGGUAACUCUUCUAUCCAAACCAAUAAUAUUGCUACUAAAGAAGAACUAGUUGUACCACCACCGAUUCUUUUGAAUGAAGAAGAUGAAAAUGAACAACAAGGCUCUUCUUCAAGUAAUACAGCAAAGCAGCAAGAUAAAGAUUAUAUUGUGACCAAUAUGUGUCCCAAGUCCUACAAAUUUCCUCCAUCUCCUUCCCCUACAAGAUAUAAUGGAAACGAAUUUAGGAUGAGCAAUGAUAAUGAAACAAAUUUCACUCCAGUGAACAGCUAUUCAGCAAAAUAUUUACAAAAUUUAAGAUAUAGUGAUACUAAGCGAGCAGGGAUUGAUUACGUGGAUGAUAUUACCCCUUUGCUUGAAAAUUCAACUAACGAACAUGCAAUUAGGACCAACCAUCAAGAUAAUAUCACUGGCUUUCAACAAGACGAACUACUUUCGAUGCUGUCAACACCAUUUUCAAAACAGGUAUACAAGUAUGUCUCAAUCCCGGUUCAGGAACCAGAUGCUCAGAAGAAAAAUAUUAUGAAUAAUAAUUUUCAACAAGAGUUCAAAAAUGAAGCAACAAUUUUACCACCUCCAUCACCACCGACAUUGUCUAACGGUUCACCAGAAUGGCAAUCAUCACCAGAACCCCAGUCCCCUUCACCAGUGAGGACUUCCCUAGGGAAGUUCUCAUCUCCUGAUAAGGGUCUAGCAAAUCAUAAACCUUCAUUUUACAAAUUACAGUUCUUUUCAGAUCCAGAUUCGUCCAAUGCUGGCAUAAACGACCUUGACUAUCAGAUACAAUCCUCACCUGUUUAUGAAGCUUCCUCUUUAAACUCAUCUCCGAUAAAGUACUAUGAUAAAGAUUCUAAAGAAAUGUUCAAUGAUGACGAUUUAGUUGAUGCAAAUGCUACCAUUACGCAACUAACACCACUUAAAAACAGGUUUCCGAACACUCCAUCUAAAAAUAAUGUUACUUUGGAAUGGAGUCCGAUAAUUUCACCCAACGAAAAGGCAUCGAAAGAUGUCAAAAAGCAUAUCCAACAAACUACCUUAAGAAGAAAAGUCAAGAAGACGUCUUUAUUGCCUCCUGGGGAGUUAGAUAGAUUUUGGGAGGGUCCUGAUGAGAAUAAGGUUUUCACUUGCACCUACAGAAACUGCGGAAAGAAGUUCACAAGAAGGUAUAACGUCCGGUCUCAUAUACAAACCCAUUUGAGUGAUAGACCUUUUGCUUGUUCUUACUGUCCUAAGAAAUUCGUGAGACAGCAUGAUUUGAAUAGACAUGUCAAAGGUCACCUUGAUGCUCGUUAUUGUAAAUGCCCAUGCGGAAAGGAGUUCGCAAGACUUGACGCAAUGAAAAAACAUAGAGAAAGAAAUAUAUGCAUUGGGGGGAUCGCAAGUAACACUAAUAACUAUGUCACAAAACCUCAAAAGAAAGGUAAACAUGAAACCCUUGAUAGUAUCAAGUGCGAGAAAUUGAACGAGGAACUAUCGUUCCCAGAGAAACUAAAUCCUUUCUUAAGUGAAACAUAG